UACACGGCUCUUUCAACUCACCAGGAGCUGACAACAGCAGAGGGGCGGAGAAGCUAGGCGACAAAGGCGACGUCGAAAGAACUCCAGAGUGUCGGAGCGCGGUACACGGAACUCUCCUGUCUUCUUCCUUCAAAGGACGGAAACCUCGUCGGAAGCAGCUGCAGAGGAAACGGGGAAGGUAUUUGAGAAAGAAAGAGCUGGCCGCCAAGAGUACUCCUGAGCGGCAGGGUGGGUGUGCGCCAGGGCCCGAGUGACAGCGGGAAACGCAGAGACGGGGACAUCUGAGCCGUACAAUAGGGACCCCGGGACCCCGACCUUGGCGAGAGAACUCCAGGACGCCAGGCGCCCGCCUUGGGAGCUGGGCUCCUGGGCUCCUCGACCCGCCUCCAGAACAGACGCGGAGCGCAGCGCUCGUGGCGCCCAGUUCACAGGCCUUGUCUUCACAGCUGCUGUGAAAGCGCUCAUUCACGUCCUGCCCCGCGUCCCGGUUCUGAAGCCCCUGCAAGCUGCUCUUGUCCCCCAGACUGUGCAUGCAGGUGGCCGCUGCGACCACCAAAGCCACCAUGAAUAAGGCUGCUGGCGGAGACGAGCACUCAGAACUCUUCGGUCUGAUCCCUUACUUUCUGCAGGCAGCCAACACAAGCGGCAAUGCGUCGCUUCAGCUGCAGGACUUGUGGUGGGAGCUGGGGCUGGAGUUGCCGGACGGCGCGGCGCCAGGGCAUCGCCCUGGCAGCGGCGGGGCAGACAGCGCGGACCCCGAGGCCCGGGUGCGGAUCCUCAUCAGCGUGGUGUACUGGGUGGUUUGCGCGUUGGGGCUGACGGGCAACCUGCUGGUGCUCUAUCUGAUGAAAAGUAAGCAGGGCUGGCGCAAGUCCUCUAUCGACCUCUUUGUCACCAACCUGGCGCUGACGGACUUUCAGUUCGUGCUCACCCUGCCCUUCUGGGCGGUGGAAAACGCUCUCGACUUCAGAUGGCCCUUUGGCAAGGCCAUGUGUAAGAUCGUAUCCAUCGUGACGUCCAUGAACAUGUAUGCCAGCGUUUUCUUCCUCACCUCCAUGAGCGUGGCACGCUACCACUCGGUGGCCUCGGCUCUCAAGAGCCACCGGACCCGAGGUCACGGCAGAAGCGACUGCUGCGGUUGGAGCCUGGGGGACAGCUGCUGCUUCUCGGCCAAAGCACUGUGCAUACUGAUCUGGGCCUCAGCUGUGCUGGCCUCCCUGCCCAACGCCAUGUUCUCCACCACAAUCAAGGUGAUGGGUGAGGAGCUGUGCCUGGUGCGCUUCCCUGACAAGUUGUUGGGGGGCGACAGGCAGUUCUGGCUGGGCCUCUACCACUUGCAGAAGGUGCUGCUAGGCUUCGUGCUUCCACUGAGCACCAUCAGCCUGUGCUACCUGCUGCUGGUGCGCUUCAUCUCCUACCGGCGUGUGGCAGGGACUGAAGGAGCCGCCUCAGCAGCUGCGGGAGGCCUGACCCGAGUCAGCUCCCAGAGAAGGUCCAAGGUCACUAAGUCAGUGACCAUCGUGGUCCUAGCCUUCUUCCUGUGUUGGCUGCCCAACCAGGCGCUCACCACCUGGAGUAUCCUCAUCAAGUUCAACGUGGUGCCCUUCAGCCAAGAGUACUUCUUGUGCCAGGUAUACGCGUUCCCGGUGAGCGUGUGCCUGGCUCACUCUAACAGCUGUCUCAACCCCAUCCUCUACUGCCUCAUGCGCCGCGAGUUCCGCAAAACGCUCAAGAGCCUGCUGUGGUGCAUCGCGUCGCCUUCUCUCACCAGCAUGCGCCCUUUCACUGCCACCACUAAACCGGAGCCUGAGGAUCAGGGGCUGCAGGCCUUGGCUCCUCUCCCUCCGGCGGCCGCGGAGCCGGAGCUGCUUUACUACCCGCCUGGCGUGGUGGUCUACAGUGGGGGCCGCUACGACGUGCUGCCCAGCGACUCUGCCUGCUGACGGAUGCCCAGGGGGCGC